GGAAGGAGGAGAAGAAAGAGAAGGUUAGGUAAUUGUGAAGCUGCUGUCCAAGUAAGAGUUCCUUUUCCCCUUAUAUCUUAAAAGUUACCAUAAAACAGCCAAUAUAAAGGUGCAUAAAACCGCAUUUGGCCUGUUAGGAAACCAUAAUGACUCACCUGCUUGAAAAGUUGUUCAUGUUUCUCCUGCUGGGUGUACUGCUUGGAUUAUUUUUUCCUAUUCAAUGGCACACAAAAAUAACAGAUCAUAAAGAAGAUUGGUUGAAAACACAAAACGAUCGUAAAACCAACUUGGAUUCCAUCUGUCUGAGCAAGAAUUUAAAAAAAUUAAAAAGAAAACUGGAUGUACACGUGGCUAGACAGCUCUUUGUGGAUGAGAAGUACAAAUUUAUCUAUUGUGAGGUGCCAAAAGUAGGCUGUUCUAACUGGAAGAAAAUUGUUUUGCUACUCAGGCUCAACUUGAGUAGGGAUGUCUUUGAAGUAAGCCAGGAAGAGAUUCAUAAAACAAACCUUCUAAAGCGGUUGAGUUCUUAUCCAUCUAAACAACAAGCAGAAUUUUUGAACUCCUUCACCAAAGUGAUGUUUACCAGGCAUCCCCUAGAAAGACUGGUCUCAGCUUACAGAGACAAAUUAUUGCAUGAUGAACCUUACUAUAGCAUCACAGUGGCAAAUAAGAUUAAAGCCUUGUUUAGGACAGACAAAAACCUUACAGGGCCUGUGACUUUUCAAGAGUUUGUAAACUAUGUUAUAACAAGCAAUGACAAACAUCUGGAUAUACAUUGGAAACCAAUGUUCCAGUUGUGUGAUCCCUGCAAUAUUCACUAUGACAUCUUGGGAAAAUAUGAGACGCUGCAGGAAGAUGUCAAUCAUACUCUCAGCAGACUCAGAGUUCCAGAGAUUGUCCGAUAUCCAGACAGUAAAUUUUAUGCACAAAGGACAAACAAGAACUUCACUACCCAAUAUCUAAAAAAACUGGACUGGAACCAAAUACAGAAACUCAUGAAACUUUAUCAGAUAGAUUUCUCUUUAUUUAAUUACACUUUUACUGUUAAAAUGGAAAUGUCAUUUUCAGGCUAAAUCAUACUUCUAUUUUCUGGAUACCUACCUUUGGGAGUAAGGCAAGAAUUUGCUAGAAAAAAAAUACAUUUUCUGAGGUGACAUGUAUUUUAGAAAAAAAUACAUUUAUAUAGGCGGC